GAUGCGCCCGCGCUGGUUCUAAGUACUAAUUUAAUGUUAAAUUAGUUCACAUUCAGAUUUCGCGGAAAUAAAUUUUUAAAUUAAUUUAUAAGGAACAUUUUAAUUUUUUUGCACUCAGUUGUGUUCUUAUAGUGAAAAUUAUUGUGAUUUUAUGUGAUUUUUAAUUAGAUUAGUAUUUGGUGAUUACUUUGUUUUUAACAAAACAAAGAUUGCCCUAGGAAAAGCACCCUGGAGAAGGCUAAUAUACCAAAAUGGUAGAAGUAAGCAAGCACCUCUUCGACCAAACUUGCAGAGACAUCGACUGCCAUAUCUUGCUCCAUUAUUAUGAUUCGAAUUGCUGGACAGCGUUUCCUGAAACUUUUAGGAGGACUUGCAUUGGUAGUGCUAGGUUUUAUGCUAUCGUUUAUUUGGUCCAAAUAUUAAUGCGCGGGCGGAAGAUGCGAAAAAAAGAAGAAUGGUACAAAAUAUUCGAGUAUUACUUGAGGUCCACGGCUAUGGGGAUUUGCAUUGGUACCACAACGUCAGUUUUCGGCUGCAUAGCUAGACGGAUGAUGGGAAAUAAAUUUCAUUAUCACACUUACCUGUGGAUACCGAAUAUGAUCAACGGUUUGUUCAUAUUCAUGGAACCCGCCAAAAGAAGAGGCCUAGUCAUCAACUUAUUUGUUAACUUGCUAAUUGAGUACUGGCUAAGAACAUUACAAAGAGACAACUACAUCACAAUGACAAGAUCAAAGCAAACACUUUUGUUCAUGAUUGGUAGUGCUUUUCUUUUCUACCUCAUGAGGCUAGAAGGCGACAAAGAACAGAGGACACCUUUAUUCUGGUAAAUAUGUAAUUUUAUCUGCUCGCAUAGGGGUCAAACUCACCGCUAUGUAUUUCAGGGUUAUUCGACAUACUUCGGCGUGGGUUUAGCAAUAUCCAUGGUUCGAGUCCUGCUGCCCAAGAUCAUGACUCCCCUCAAGGCUCUGUCCUCCAUCAGAGGAAAACAUUUCAAGAUGGCGCUGUUCUUUGGCGGAUAUAUUGGUAUUUACAGAGCUGUGAUAUGCUACUUAUGUCGUAGCAAAGGUUGCGACUCGGCGUUAUUUGCCCUGCCUGCCGGAUACCUUGCUGGACUAUCGUUCUUAUUCAACCCGAACCUUGGAAUGUCGAUAGCUUCCGCCACUGCUGCAGCUAAGCUUUAUUCAACAAUCCUCUACGACAAGAAGAUUCUGCCAACAAGUGUGCCUUUACCAGAGUUACUGUUCUGUAUAAGUCAAGGAACAUUGUACCACGCGCGAUUUAUGCAUGCAGAUGUAUGUCCCGGAUAUGUGUUCAAUCUUAUGAAGACUGUUAGCAAUGGAAUUACGGAGACGCUCUACGAAAACUUCUUAGGGAUAAUAAAAAAAACUUUAUAGUAAUGUGAAUUAGUUAAUAUUUCAGAUCAGUAACUUAAGAAGACUGCUAAUCUCUAUAGUACAGAUCGUAACUC